AUGCUAGACCAAAAUGCCAUUCUAAGCGCGUUUAAUCGCACGAUGGCGUCCGAUGCCGUGGCCAUUAAGCAAGCAGAACAGGAGUUGUUUCAAAUGCAGAAGGAGCCGGGAUUUACCGCGUUUCUUCUCAAUGCUGCUACCGAUGAGUCAAUUCCCUUGAACGUGCGCAUUUCGUGUGCGAUUUACAUGAAAAAUAAGAUACAAAGGUGCUGGAGCUCUAAGAGAGACGAUGCUAUCUUGCCCCAAGAGCAAAGCGUAUUAAAAGACACUUUAAUUCAAAGUCUCAUCAGAAAUUCUGAGAACUCACACAUAAAACCAUACUUAACGGAAUCAGUUCGCGGAAUUUUAGAGAAUAACGAGAAAUGGGAUUUGAUCCUUCCUAUCAACGAGCUCCUUUCCAGCAAUGAUCCCAAGUUUGUGUACCCGGGUCUGCUUUUACUAUUCGAGGUAUGUAUCCAUCACAGGUGGGAAAUGCCUGACAACAGGGGGUAUAUUGAUGAAGUGAUUAUGAGGGUUUUCCCAGUAGUAGAGAGAAUUGCCUCGCAACUAAUUCAGGAGAAUGACUACAGAUCUAAUGAGCUUUUGUAUUUGAUCCUGAAAUCCUUCAAGUACGCUUGUCUGAACAACUUUCCACGCUAUUUCACAAACACCGAAAAACUGCAAUCGUGGAUUCGGCUUCACUUGUUCUUAUGUUCCAAACCCUUACCUCAAGAAGUGUUGAAUUUGGAGCCUGCCGACAGAUCUCUUGAUAAGAGAGUAAAAUGCAACAAGUGGGCCUUCGGAAACCUCUCAAGAUUUCUCAUGAAGUACAGCAGAACGACAAAGACAGUUACUAAAGAAUUUGUGGGUUACAUUUUCGAUCAAAUCGUCCCCACAAUCCUUGGCGAGUACUUCAAAACGAUCGAAUCGUGGGGUAGUGGCUCCUUGUGGUUAAGCGACGCUUCGCUCUACUACAUGAUCGAGUUUCUGGAAAAGUGUAUGACCACUGAUUCUUUGUGGUCACUGAUACAACCACAUCUGGAAUCAAUCAUUACUUAUGUCAUCUUCCCCUGUCUGUCAGCCGAUGAGGAAAGUGUGACGUUGUUUGAGGAUGACCCCGAAGAAUAUACAAGGCGUUACUUCGACGUUAACAAGGAGGGGACUACCGCAGAUGUUGCAUCGACUGACUUUAUUUUUGUCAUAGGACAUAAGCGUUUUGAGGAAGUCAGCAAGAUUCUGCCACUUAUAAACAGUGUUUUCAAUGAAUUUGCCGAAAAGAAAGAUUUGCCUAGCGCUUACCGCGAAGAAGGUGCUCUGAGACUUUUGAGCUCGCUUUGUGGCUUUUUGGCCGAAAACGACUCUCCAGUGAAGAAUGAGCUUGAAGGUAUCUUUGAACACUACGUGCUGCCACUACUCACACAGCAAAAAUACCCGUUUCUGAUAGCGAGGGCUUUGGAAACUAUUGCGAUUCACCAGCAAGCGUUCAUAGACAUGAACGUGUUAUCAAAGAUCUACGAGGCAGUGUAUGUCAAUUUCAUGAACUCAGAAUACUUGCCUAUUCAAGUGGAAGCUUCUGAUGCUUUGAAGACUUUAGUUGUUUCUAAUCCAAGCAUCCAUCCACACAUCUCAUCCCAGGUGCCUGGCAUCAUGGAGAAGCUGCUGAAACUCUCAAAAGAGUUUGAAAUAGACAUUUUAUCGGAAGUUAUGGAAUCUUUCGUUGAGCGGUUUGCAGACGAGCUAACUCCAUUUGCGCAAGACCUAGCGGCUAACCUCGCCGAGCAAUUUGUUAUGCUGGGGCAGUCAAUCGUGGAGAGUUCUAGCGGAAACUACUCCACUGCAGACCAAGAUCAAGAGAUUCAGGCCAGCGCGUUGCUUCAAACCAUGACUACCAUGGUUAUGUCGAUGAACAAAGUGUCUCUGGUUGACAAAUUCAUGCCCGUAGUGAAAUUCAUCCUGGUUCACGCGCAAAUCACAUUUUUGAGCGAGGCCGUCGACCUGAUGGAUUCCUUGGCGCUCUCUUCCAAGGCGAUGUUCAACAAAUUCACUCCUGAAAUCUGGGAGAUGCUGCACGACGUUCUGGACUCUUGCCAGACUUACGCGUUGGAGUACUUCGAGAGCUUCCAAGUGUUUUUCGAGACAGUUGUAACCUACGGUUUCCCAACCGACAACACCUACGCGCCCGCUUUCUUGGAAGUUCUUUCGCACGCCAUGGGCAGCGAAGUCGACUUCGACGUGGAAAGCGCGUUCGACAUCCUGCUUUUCUACGUUUUGGCUAUGAAAGAGAACCCUCUGUUCGAAAAAGCGCUAACAGUCGCAGGUAAUGAGGACACAGAGCUGGAACUGGACGACGCGCUCAUUGUCAAGUUAUUUUUGGCAGGCCUUUUCACAACGCCGCUGGAGACUCUACAGAUUUGCGAGCAACAGGGCGUCACUUUAGAUCUACUGCAGAAGUGGUUCUCCUGCAAUUUCAGCAGCGUCUUCACAAUCAAGCUGCAGCUAGUGGCUAUAAUCUCGGUUCUAGGGCUUCCUGAACUACCAAGCUGCGUGAGCGGCUUCAUCCCACAGCUCUCCGACAAGCUCGUGAGCCUGACUGCGUCUCUCCCAGAUGCUAUCAGGAAGAGAGACGCGGUGUCUAAGGGGGAACUGGGUGGAAGCUCCUUCGACGGCGAAGACGGGACCGACUUUUUCGAGGAGCUUGAGGACGACUUCAAGGAGUCGUGCCUGGACGACAUCAGCUGUUUCCAACAGGUGCACGUCCUCUUCUCGCAGCUGCAGUCUGGCAACCCCGGACUAUACCAGCAGAUCACGGGGUCGUUGUCGGACGACAAACUAGACACCCUUAAGACCAUUCUAGAGUUUGUAGCACAUAACUGA